GCUAGGGAACAAAAAAUACACAACAUGGCAGCAUUAGUUCUCUGCGAGCCACCAAUUCACAUUUCCAGGGUGCUCCCCAAAGCCCUUAUAUCCUUAUCCAGCCCCAGGACCCCAUCAUGCCGCCGCAAUGCGUCUUCUACCGCCCUUCCUGAAACCAUCACAGAUGACCUCGAGACAAACUCAAGCUUCUCCCAACCCUCUUCCUUCCCAGAAAAUGAAAUUGAGGCCUUUGAUCCAGUAGCAAGGACCAAAGAGCGGAAGAAGCCAUUGCCUCCUAGUCGCUACCAAUUUCGCCCUCCAAAAUAUGACCGUGGUCCUCUUCAUCCCCAUCGUCCGCCACCAGCCUGGGAUCCCGCCUCCCGCCAAUUCAUCCCCGGCCCUUUCACCCUCCCCCGAGUCGAGCAAACCUAUGAAUCUACAAUAUCCCACGAUAUCCUCACCCUCUGCUACGUACACAACCCGCCGGGAUUUAGACCACCCCCAACCCCCCAGCGCCUUCGUGGCUGGGAUGAUAGUUCCCCCUAUCACUCCAACAGACCACUCCGAGGACCACGUGGAGGCGACGUCCUCCGCCUUCUCCGGAAACCCAUAACAUUCCGCAACAUCCCUAAACUUGACAAGAUCACGCUUCACAGCUAUGUGAACCAGGUUAUAGAGAAAGGUUCGGGGCCGCUGCAUGUGGCCGGUAUGGCUAUACAAGCCAUUUCUAAUGUGCGCGUGCAGACACAUAAGAUGAAGGGCAACGUCGCGAAGUGGGGUGUUGUGCCUGGCAAGGCGUAUAUUGCUGUUACGGCCGAGCUGAAGGGCGAGGACAUGUAUCACUUCUUUGGGAAAUUGGUAGACGUGGUGAUGCCUAGGAUCAAGGACUGGAAGGGUGUCAAGGGGAGCAGUGGGGAUAGUAGCGGAAAUAUCUCGUUUGGCCUUGAUCCGGAUAUGGUGGCUCUGUUCCCGGAGAUCGAGGUGAAUUAUGAUAUGUACGUCUUGCAGCAACCCCCAACCUCCGGAUACCCUACUAUUACUAUUCUUUUUCUCUCAUCUUGCUUCGAAAUGCAUAACUAAUCGUGGUCAUUUUCUGCUUUUAUAGGUACCCGCCAGCUAUGAUACCUGGUUGCCACAUAACAAUUCACACAACAGCCAAAACAGACAAGGAUGCCCGACUCCUCCUCAAUGCGAUGGGCAUUCCAUUCUAUGGGAAAUAUGUAAAUUAGGAACCAAACUUGAGCCAAAAAGAAAAAUACACUGGGGGGGAAUGUUGGCGUUUGUUCUGUUUUCUUUUUGUGGCUGCAUGAUUUACAUUAUUUCUUCAGUUUAGACCAUUUUUGUCUACUGCGGUUGUACUGUACAAUAUAUUCGUUUUAUUAGUAU